AUGCAUUCUCACAAUCUGGUCUAUAUUCAAACCAUCAAGAUAUUGCUCCACGAUAUUCUGGCAUAUUUUGCAGUCAGUCUGCUGUGUGUGGUUACUGAGCUCCUGGACAACCCUAAGCAAGAUCCUCUGCGCAUACUUGGAUGCCAAACCCUAACGAGGUUCAUCUAUAGUCAGACAGAUGGCACUUACACGCAUACCAUUGAGAGUUUGGUUCAUAGAGUAUGUAAGCUUGCUCGUGAAAGUGGUGAAGAUCAUGCUGAGAGCAUCGAGCUUGCAGCGCCUUUCUGCCAUGGUAGUUUAUGA